UGGAUUGUCCCAGUCAGUUCAGGGGUUUGCCUGGUUACAAGGUCACAGCCCAGGGAGCACUGGACUCCGGACUGCAGCUGGGCGGAGGUAAACAACAGGACUAUAAAUAUCGAAGCUCCGGGCCACUCUUUGCAGUGCGCAGUUGCUGAGCGGAGAGGAAGCUGCCUGGUCCGAAGGGGCCCUUGCAGAGACAGCCCCAGCCAUGUGGAGUGGCCUCGGGUUUGCCCUGGCUCUCUGCCUCCUGCCCUGGGCGGGAGCGGGGAGCCAAGGGCAGAGCUCCUUCUGUAAGGAGCCUCCAGCCUGGAGCAUCGGGGAUCAGGACCCGAUGCUCAACUCCCUCGGCUCAGUCACCGUGGUUGCCCUUCUCCAAGCCAGCUGAUCCUUCUGCAUUACGCAGGCAUCCAGUCUGGAAGACCUGCGAGUAAAACUGGAGAAAGAAGGCUUUGCUAAUAUCUCCUAUGUUAUUGUUAAUCAUCAAGGACUCUCUUCUCAAUCAAAAUAUGUGUAUCUUAAAAAGAAGGUUUCAGAGCAUAUUCCUGUUUAUCAACAAGAAGAAAACCAAACAGAUGUCUGGACUCUCGUAGAUGGAAGCAAAGAUGACUUCCUCAUAUAUGACAGAUGUGGCCGCCUCGUGUAUCAUCUUGGCCUGCCUUACUCCAUCCUAAGUUUCUCAUACGUGGAACAGGCCAUUAAGCUCACUUACUGCGAAGAGAAAUGUGGGAACUGCUCUUUCACGAUCCCAGACAAUGAAGACUUCUGUAAAAAUGUGUCCUUGGCCACCAUGAGAAAAACGACCAAGGCCCCGGAGCUGCAGCCCCACCACCACCACCACCACCACCACCACCGGCACAGGCACGGCCACAGGCAUGGCCACAGGCAUGGGCACGCGCAUGAUAAGCACGGCCAGCCCUCAGAGAAUCAGCAUCCAGAAGCACCACAUGAGUCUGAGCAUCCCCCUUCUCUGAGCCUUCACCACCACCAUAAGCUCAAGGGCCCCCAAAGACAGGGUGACCAUAUCAACUGUGAUGUGCCAGGGAGUGAACCACUACAACUUUCUUCACAAAAGAAACCCUGUGGAAGGAGAUGUAUAAAUCGAUUACUCUGAAAGUUGCCCAAAGAUUCAGAAUUAGCUCCUAACAGCUGAUGCUGACAUUGUCGGCAUCUGAUAUUUGAAAAAACAGGGUCUGCAAUCACCUGACAGUGUCAGGAAAGCCUCCCCUCUCUAUGCAGCUGACAGGGGCUGUGGGCAGAGGAGAAGGUCAUUGAAUCUUGUCAGUGACGUUCGCCUCUAGCCCCCUGACAGGGGGGUCAGGAGAUCCAGCCCACAGAAGCCAGCACCAUCUGAAGCUGAAAAGAUAAGGCAGAAAUGUGAGCAUGACCUUCAAACUAAACAUUUAAAUUGGAUACACUCCCAAGUCAAUCUCACAAUUUCACUUUUGGCAUUUUUUUUCACUUUUGGCAUUUUUAUAAGCUACUUAAUAAUGAUCAAAAAUUAGGAAUUGGAUUUGUGCAAACAUGAAGAAAUCUAUUAUGCUGGCUUCCAAAUUUUAAGAUAUAUGCCAAAGAAAAUUUUGACCCAAACCAUUUGUCUUAAAUUAAGGGGCAACUGAAAGGUGAUUGCAACAUUUGGUUAAUAUGUCUUUCUUUUUCUUUUUCCAGCUUUCUACUUGCCUCAAUGAGAACAGGAACAUAAACUAUGACCUAGGGGUUUCUGUUGGAUACUUGGCAAUUAGAAUGGAGGAAGAAAAACAAAGACAUGUUUUCCAUUUUUUCUUACUUGUCAAAACAAUAUUACUUUUGUCUUUUUAAUCUUACAGUUUUAACUGAUUAAACCUUUAAAGGAAGAAGUGAAUUCUGUCUAAGAUCGAGAAACACUUAACAUAUGAGUAUUUUGCUAUGACUACCUUUUAAAUCUCCAUUUAUACUUUUUUACUAAGACUGAAAUCUUGACUUUUACUAUUGCCUGUGAAAGAAGGCUUUAUCUAUUUUCUUUACUUGGCAUUAUAUCACGCUCUUUAAAACCUGAGAAUGCUGGUCUUGAGAGAGAUAUGGGGAAAGAUAAAAGAAUGCUGUCUAUCUUGUGGUUGCUUAGAAAGUAUUUCCAUAGUCAAUGAUGGUUGAAUAGGUAACCUAAGGCCUAUGAACCUGAAUUCCUUUAUGGCUAAUACUGUUAAGCAAGAAUGCAGUACACAGUUGGCCAAAGUGUGGAUUUAUUUCAAUAAACUCAACUUAAAAAGUUUAAA